AUGAGGUUUGGUAAAAAAGGAAAAUUGAGUCCACGCUAUAUAGGACCAUAUAAGAUUAUUCGAAGAGUUGGCAAAGUAGCCUAUGAGUUAGAGCUAACACAAGAGCUUUCAUCAGUUCAUCCAUUGUUUCAUGUCUCGAUGCUUCGGAAAUGCAUAGGUGACCUAUCUCAUACUACUCCUACUGAAGAUGUACAGGUUACGGUAGAUCUCACUUAUGAAGAAGUACCCAUUGUUAUUCUGGAUCGACAAGUUAGGAAGUUAAGAAAUAAAGAAGUGGCUUCUGUAAAAGUAUUAUGGAGGAACCAACAAGUAGAAGAAGUUACAUGGGAAGCGGAAGAAGCAAUGAAAUUGAAGUAUCCUCAUCUCUUUCAGAUCCAUGAGAAGGAUGAAAAUGCUAAGUCUAGAUGCUCACAAAUUAGCAUUCAAGAAGGGAGGCUGAAUUAUGACAGUGGUAUUGGUCAGAAAAUAGGGUAUGUAGGGCGAUUCGAUUCCAUAUUCCUUGGCAUGAAAUCUGAUACUUGCGAUUAA